UCGAUUUGCGUGCGCGGCUCCAGCGAGUCACCUUGCCACACAUAGCGGUAGCGGUAUCUCGUAGAAGCGGAGUUGCAGAAGCGAAGGUGUCCUACAAAAUACAAAUAACCCCGCAGCCAUGGCAGCCGCAGCGGACAAGGCCAGGCCCAAGACCUCGCCCAAAUCCAUUAAAUUCCUCUUCGGUGGAUUGGCUGGAAUGGGGGCGACGGUGUUUGUGCAGCCAUUGGAUCUGGUGAAGAAUCGGAUGCAGUUGAGUGGUCAGGGCUCUAAGGCUCGCGAGUACAAGACCAGCUUUCAUGCUUUGGCCAGCAUCCUUCGCAAUGAGGGUAUCAGCGGUAUCUACACUGGACUGUCUGCUGGUCUGUUGAGGCAGGCCACAUACACUACCACCCGUCUGGGCAUCUACACAGUGCUGUUUGAGCGCAUGUCCAAAGCAGAUGGCACACCGCCCAACUUCUUCAUGAAGGCUUUGAUUGGAAUGACCGCUGGGGCCACAGGAGCGUUCGUCGGGACUCCGGCUGAGGUGGCUCUUAUUCGAAUGACGGCUGAUGGGCGGUUGCCUCCAGACCAAAGGAGGGGUUACACAAAUGUUUUCAAUGCCCUCAUCAGGAUCACCAGAGAAGAAGGUGUCACCACAAUGUGGAGGGGCUGUAUACCCACGAUGGCCAGAGCAGUUGUAGUGAACGCAGCCCAGCUUGCUUCAUAUUCCCAGUCCAAGCAAGCUCUGCUGGACUCUGGAUAUUUCGGAGAUGAUAUUCUGUGUCAUUUCUGUGCCAGUAUGAUCAGUGGACUGGUCACCACAGCUGCUUCCAUGCCUGUAGACAUUGUUAAGACCAGAAUCCAGAACAUGAGAAUGAUUGACGGCAAGCCAGAGUACAGGAAUGGAUUGGAAGUGUUGGUGAAGGUCAUCAGGAACGAGGGAUUCUUCAGUCUAUGGAAGGGUUUUACUCCUUAUUACGCUCGUCUGGGACCUCACACAGUCCUUACAUUCAUCUUUCUGGAGCAGAUGAACAAGUUUUACAAGAUCUAUUUCCUCGACUCAUAGAUAUAACCUUACAACCACCAGGGGACAGCAUAGGCCCAAUCCAUUUCUGAUAGGCCAGUGUGUAUACUCGUCUGUGAAUGCUGGUUUUACACAUUGUUUCUCUUUUACAUAAGGAGUGUAUUUUCUGGAUUUGAAGGCUAGAAAUAUGUACUGGCUCAAGGGCACUGGAUUGUGAUCCUUUGCUAUGGUGGUAGCUGUGACGGACAUUUGGACUCAUAUUACACAAACCAUAGUUGACUGACUUAGUAAUACCUAAACUGGCCCUAUCUGUCUUUGUGUGAGCAUGGAUCAUUCACACCAAAAAUACCCCCCUCCGCCAUUUUUGAAUUCUAUUUAUGUAAUUCUACAUCCCUCACCAGCACCUUCCUCUAUUAAAGCUUUACUUGUCCACAAUUGUACUGAUGUGCUAACAGACUUACUGUAGUUAUGAAGAGUCAUUGUCAAUACACACACUGAACCAGAAUUCUGAGUGAAUCGUAAAAGGUUUUUCUCUUUCUUGCCUCAUAAUUCAUUUGAUUUUAACCAAUGUAAACAAAACAAAUGUAUUUGAAGCAGGUAUUUUGGUUCUUGUACUGCCAGAUGAAUGUUUGGGGAAAUAUUUACCAAUUGAGAUGAAGGAAUUGGAUAAAACAAAAGUGGUGGGACACAAGACUCCCAAUAUAGUGACAACUUGUAAACACUUAUUAAUCCUUGUAGACGCUUAACCUCGAUUUACUAAGUCCUCUAUUGUCCUACCGCAAAGGACUGCUUUGCAAUUAAUAUUUGGUAAUGUUAAGCACAAUCAACAGCCAAAUGCAGUAUAAUAAAGAGGUGUGCAAAUGCCAAGACCGCAUCAAUGCAGUAUUGAAGUUUUGAGGUAUUUUAAUAGAAUUUAGGGACACACUUUAUAUUAGUUGUCUUUAACUUCUGUGUACUUAAGCAUUUGAUACAAUAUAUUUUUAUGUAUGUUACUGUUGGUGAAUUGUACUUACAUUUAAAUUACCUGCAUUCAAUUACAUCUGUAGUUACAUUUUUAACCUUAUCCCUAACCCAAACCUAACCCUACUCCUAAACCUACCUGUGCCUCAACCUCAGUAGCAGCAAAUGUGAAUCUUGUGAGAAUUUUGCAGAACAACAUGUAGUUACACAAAUACAUUGUACUAACAUUUAGAAAAUACAUUUAUGACACCUUAUAUACACUCACCUAAAGGAUUAUUAGGAACACCUGUUCAAUUUCUCAUUAAUGCAAUUAUCUAAUCAACCAAUCACAUGGCAGUUGCUUCAACGCAUUUAGGGGUGUGGUCCUGGUCAAGACAAUCUCCUGAACUCCAAAGUGAAUGUCAGAAUGGGAAAGAAAGGUGAUUUAAGCAAUUUUGAGCGUGGCAUGGUUGUUGGUGCCAGACGGGCCGGUCUGAGUAUUUCACAAUCUGCUCAGUUACUGGGAUUUUCAUGCACAACCAUUUCUAGGGUUUACAAAGAAUUG